GGUCCCGGCGCUGGCCCCGCCGGCCCCGCUGCCGCCGCCGCUCCCGUCCCGUCCCGCCGCUCCCCCCGGCAAAGUUUGGCUGCAGCAGCAGCGGCGGCCGCGGCCCAGCCGGCGCCUCACGGACACCCGCCCCGGGGAGGCCGCCCGCUCCGCGCCGGACGAGGACUCUUAGCUGGAGUCAGGCCUGACUGAGCGAGGGGAGAGCAACAAACCCGCACGUUUGCAGGCGCUGGUAAAGAGGCGGGAGGGGAUGUGAGUGCUCACACACACACACAGCUCUCACAAACACACGCUUGUCCACCUUGGCCUCUCUCGCCUGCGCCCAGCCCUGACAGCUGCCUGACAACAGAUGCACAGCUUCGAUGAUUUAGAACGGCAAUUUUUGUCUUCUGCGGGUUGUAAAUUUAAUAGAGGAAAUAUGCUCUUGCGGUUAAAAGCACAAGACUGGAAAUCAAGUGAUCUGUGCUCUGUUGCAGUUACCGGUGUUGCAGUCUGAUGUGACUUUAAGAACUAAAUUGGAGGAAUCGAUCAUCUUUUUUCUUGUGAAGACUUCAUCACUGACAUCUGUAUGCUCCUUUGUCAUCCUCCAAGAAAUAAUACAGCUCAUCAGUAGCAACAACUGCUUUGGGUAUACACUGACAUUUAUUGGGAAGAAACAAGUAAAUAAACUGAAACCCCCAACAGACAAAGCCCAACAAACUUUUUGAAGACUUGUGUCAAAUGACGUCAAUGGCCAGUUUGUUCUCCUUUACUAGCCCAGCUGUAAAGCGUCUGUUGGGCUGGAAACAAGGAGAUGAAGAGGAAAAAUGGGCUGAAAAAGCUGUUGAUGCUUUGGUWAAAAAGCUGAAAAAGAAAAAGGGUGCUAUGGAAGAGCUGGAGAAAGCCUUGAGCAGUCCAGGACAGCCCAGCAAGUGUGUUACUAUCCCCCGCUCUUUAGAUGGACGGCUCCAGGUUUCUCACAGAAAAGGCCUUCCCCACGUGAUUUACUGUCGUGUUUGGCGCUGGCCUGAUCUACAAAGCCAUCAUGAGUUGAAGCCAUUGGAUAUUUGUGAAUUUCCUUUUGGAUCGAAGCAAAAGGAAGUCUGCAUCAAUCCAUACCACUACAAGAGGGUGGAGAGCCCAGUUCUACCUCCAGUGUUAGUGCCUAGACAUAGCGAAUUCAACCCCCAGCACAGUUUGCUAGUUCAGUUCCGGAACCUCAGCCACAACGAGCCCCACAUGCCACACAACGCCACAUUUCCAGACUCCUUCCAGCAGCCCAACAGCACUCCAUUCUCCAUCUCACCAAACAGCCCCUACCCACCUUCUCCAGCCAGCAGCACUUACCCAAGCUCCCCAGCCAGCUCUGGACCAUCGAGUCCCUUUCAGCUGCCAGCUGAUACUCCACCUCCUGCAUAUAUGCCCCCUGAUGAUCAAAUGGGGCAGGAUAAUUCGCAGUCUAUGGACACAAGCAAUACAAUGAUCCCUCAAAUCAUGCCAAAUAUAUCUACCAGAGAUGUGCAGCCCGUUGCCUAUGAAGAACCCAAACACUGGUGUUCCAUCGUAUAUUAUGAAUUAAAUAAUCGUGUUGGGGAAGCUUUUCAUGCAUCUUCCACAAGUGUCUUAGUAGAUGGGUUUACAGAUCCYUCCAAUAACAAGAACAGGUUCUGCCUAGGUUUGCUCUCCAAUGUCAACCGCAAUUCAACGAUUGAGAACACUCGACGGCACAUUGGCAAAGGAGUUCAUCUCUAUUACGUUGGUGGAGAAGUCUAUGCUGARUGUUUAAGUGAUAGCAGCAUAUUUGUACAGAGCAGGAACUGCAACUACCACCAUGGCUUUCAUCCAACAACUGUAUGCAAGAUUCCCAGUGGAUGCAGUCUGAAAAUUUUUAACAAUCAGGAGUUCGCUCAGCUUCUGGCUCAAUCUGUCAACCAUGGAUUYGAAGCAGUGUAUGAGCUCACCAAAAUGUGCACCAUUCGAAUGAGUUUUGUAAAGGGCUGGGGAGCUGAAUAUCACCGACAGGAUGUCACGAGCACCCCGUGCUGGAUAGAAAUUCAUCUUCAUGGGCCCCUCCAGUGGCUGGAUAAAGUACUUACACAAAUGGGUUCUCCUCUUAAUCCCAUCUCAUCUGUUUCAUAGUGCUGAAAUUCCAUCUUCAGCCUUAUUUUUAGCGAACUUAUUCUAAUUCUAGAGAAACUUCCAGUGGAUACUGUGAGCUAUAUGGAGAAUGGAUCUUAUGAUUUAACUUUUUUUUUUUAGAUCCCUUUGUGACCAAUUCCAUUGUGUAUAGCUAAUCAGUUUUACAUUUCAAGUUGUUCUUGUGAUGCUUAAGUGACAGUUGAGCCCUAAGGGAAAAAAAAGUCUAUUGAAAAAUUCAGAACACUUUUCCCCUUUUUCCCCUAGAACUUUAACAGACAAAUGUCUUAACUGGAAAACCUUUUUGUCCUGUAGGGACAAGAAUUAAGAAGACUGACUUCAGAAAAUAAAUACAUAUCAUAACUUGGGAUUUUUUUUUAACGUCUAUGAAACUGUUUGAACAUGUGCAGCUCCAGCUUGCAAGCUGUAUUUUUAGCAUAGUGUUUUAACAUCUUAAGGUUGACAUCUGUCAUAAGCAAAAUUAGACUUUAUUGUGGCUAAUUUGCCUCAGAUUGAACAAUGUGACUUUUUUAAGUGUACACAUGAAAUAUACUUUUGACAAAUAUUGGAGUGGUGUAAAAACACUUGURUUUUCUAUCAGAAAAUGCUGUCAUAAACACAUUGUAUAUUAAUGCAGAAUAGCAGUUCUUAGCCUUUUCCCACUUUGGUUUUGUAAUAUCUCUUUUAACCACCAUUUAAAAUAGUAAUUGAUCCAAGAUAAACAUCC